GUGCCAUCCUCAGCAGACUCUACAAGAUCCCAGAGCUGGAGGGGAAGGACGUCGAGGAGGUGUUCACUGCUGUUCUCAGUCCAAACCGCAGCAACAGCCAAUCAGAGCAGAGCCAACACACACACACUGGGAGCAAGACUAACACACACCACCCAGCUGCUUCGUUUCCUCGUCUUCCUCUGAUGAACGGCCUGAUGGGAGCCGCCCCUCACUUCACCAACACUCCCAUGAUGCACAGCGGGGCUCAGGGUCCAGCAGGUUUCAGGUUGCCCCCUCCGGAGAGCCAUGCCCCUGCUCAGCACUCAGGCCCCGCCCCCCGGCCGGCUUUGACCAAUCAGGCAUCAGCAGGCGAGGGGGAGCAGGAUGUGAUGUCGACGGCUCAGAGAGGAACGCUGAAGUGGGAGAAAGAAGAAAGUCUGGGAGAGAUGGCGACUGUAGCACCGGUCCUCUACUGCAAUACCAACUUCCCCCACCUGAAGGAGCAGUAUCCUGACUGGUCCAGCAGAGUGAAGCAGAUCACUAAGAUGUGGAGGAAAGCCAGCUCUCAGGACAGAGCGCCAUUCGUGCAAAAAGCUCGAGAUAACCGGGCUGCUCAGCGAAUCAACAAGGUGCAGCUUUCCAACGACCCGCUCAAACGCCAGCAGAACCUGCAGCAGCAGAACCUGAACCUGCAGCAGCAGAACCUGCAGCAGCAGAACCUGCAGCAGCAGAACCUGAACCUGCAGCAGCAGAACCUGCAGCAGCAGCCACUACCUCCACCGUCUCUGCCUCUUCCUCUCCCGGGACCUUAUGACCCUGUUACCAUGGAGAUGGACGGGACAUUCAAGGACCCGCUCAGGCCCAGAGAGUCUGAACAGGAGCAGGAGUGGAAGCUGAGACAGGGGGAGGUUAAUGAGAGAUGGGGAGCCGGUAAGAAGAGGCAGCAAAGUCUCCCCCCCCUAAAAUCACCAUCUGAUAAAGAUUGUCCCUACCAGGCACCUGUAGCAGGAGGGGGCACAGAGGCUCUGCAAAUGCGUCAGAAGAGUAAGCAGCAGGCUAAGAUCGAGGCGACUCAGAAGUUGGAGCAGGUGAAGAACGAGCAGCUCCUGCAGCAGAGGCAGCAGCAGCUCUCCACGGGUCAUCUCUCCCCGGACGCAGGAAGCCGCAGCCCCAUGACGCCGGGCCAGCAGCCCGUCGCCGGGGGCAACGCCUCGCCCCUCCAUCUCCACGCCUCCAGAGAGGGGCCGUCCAGACAGCACCUCUUCCAGAGUUCAGGACUGACCGAUGAUGUCUUCCUCAGACCUCAGGCUCCUCCCCCCUCUGGCUUCUCCUCGCUCCCUCACUCCCCUCACUCCUCUUCCCCUCUACACCAGCCCCCCUCCUCCCCCCAGAUGUUCUCCCCUCCCUCCUCCCGCCCCUCCUCUCCAUGGGACCCCUACAGUAAGGUGGUAGGGACUCCUCGUCCUGCCUCCUCCCAGGCGGGUGUCCCCCCGGCCCCCCAGCUGCAACGCCACAACUCCCUCAGCUCGCCAGCCCACGAUGCCUUUGGAUCUCCUGUACCCUCCCCCGACUCCAAAACUCCUGACAUCACCAGGACUCACGUACCUCUACCAGUGCUGCAGCAGAGCAGAGCAGGUAUGCUGACUCCUCCCUCGACCUCUGACCUUUCUGCCCGCCUUGUGGCCUUACGAACAGCAGAGACGUACCAGCGACCUCCUCACUCGGGCGCCGGCCUGCGAGCUGCAGUGCCGGAUUUUUACAGUCGGGCGGGUGAGCUGGUCCAGCAGGGCGCGUUGUUUAAAGCCCCCAUGCCCCCCCAGCACCAGUCAGAGGGUUUUGGUCCUUCAGGAGGAAGGAGGGACCCGUCCAGACCCACAGACCUGAGCUUUGCUCUAACCCACUCCCAAGACCCCUCUUACCCCCCCAGUCCGCUGUCAGGACUUGGCUCCCCCCACCGCAGCCCCUACACACAGACUCCUGGUACCCCUAGACCUGACUAUGCCCAGCAGACCCCUGACCCCUUUACCCAGCAGUCCCCUCUGAGCUCCCGUCCCUCGCCUGACCCGUACGCCAACCCUCAGACUCCUGGUACGCCACGGCCACACUCUGACCCCGCCUACCUCGCCACACCGCCUUCACUCAGACUAGACCAGUACAACCAGCAGUCUUCCAACCGCCGGCCGUCCCCCUCCCACCCAAACCUCGACCCCUAUUCCUCAAAUCCAGGGACGCCGCGCCCUCCUGCCAAUGAGCGCUUCCCUCGGUCACCUGGGAAUCAGCGGAGCUCUGACCCCUACGCCCAGCCCCCCGGUACACCACGCCCCUCACCCGACCCCUACGCCCAGCAACCCUCUACCCCGCGGCCCCAGAAGCCUCCUGAGCCCUUCAGCCAGGCCUCGGCAGAGACCUUCACUCCUUCAGGGUCGUCCCAGCUCGCUGCAGGACUGACAGGAGAUACGAUGACCUUCAACACAUUACAUCACCAGUUGCAGCAAUCUCCAGGACGACAGCAUCAACAUCAACAACAACAUCAACAACAACAACAGGACUCUUUUCCCAGAACACCCGGCGGCCAAACCCAAAAGCCAUCUGUGAUGUCAGAGGACUUCUCAGGAUUGGCUGGUCAGACUCCAGGUCACAACCCCUUUGAGCAGGGUCAUAUGACACCAGACAAGACAUCAGCCAAUGAAAUGCCAGGUCUGGCUGCAGAUGGACCAAUGAGCAUGCUGCCUCAGCUCGGAGAUUCAGAGGAGAAACUGAGACAGCGUCAGCGGCUGCGGCAGCUCAUCCUCAGACAGCAGCAGCAGAAGAGUGCACUACGACAGGAGAAAGGACUUCAGGAGGCCUCUGGUGCGUCUGCGCCUCCUGCUGCUCCUCCUGGCUCAGCCCCUGCUAAUGUAACUCAACACCUCUGGUCCCAGGAGGAGUCCUCUGCUCCUCCAACAGACCUGUUUGGACGCCCUCCACCCCCGUACCCUGGCACAGUGAGGCCUGCUGGGGCAGGGGGGGCUCUGGGCCCCAGGUUCCCUGGAGGUUUCUCUGGGGAGCAGCAGAGGAGCUUCACCCCCACAGAGCCUCCUUUCCCCAGGCAGAGCCUCCCCAGACAGCAGGGAGUCAGAGGACCUGCCCUGAGGUUCGGCAUUCUUCCAGGAGCUCAAGCGGCUCUCCAGGACUCAUUCUUACGUCCUACCCAAGGAGCAGUGCCUAGAUCUGGUCUGGGUGUGGUGGAAGGAGUCCCAGUCCAGAUGAGGAGGCCGAUGUCUGGGGACUUCACGGGUAUCCGACCCCUCACUGUUCCCAGUGCUCCCACUCACAUGAUGCAAGGUGUACCCCAGGCCUUCCUCCCCCGCUCCCUGCCCCUCCAGCAGCACAGCAUCAUGGGACAGCCCUACAUCGAGCUACGACAUCGCGUCCCUGAAAACCGUCUGAGGUUGCCCUUUUCGGACCUUGAAGGCACCCUCCUACACCCCAGAGACCCCCACGCCUCUGCAGUCAGACCCGCUCAGGAGGGCAGGAUGGGGGAGGGGCCGCUGGGCCAGCAGUCGGGAAUGGAGCAGCACUUGAGCCACACGGCGACGUUGACACAGAGCGGCGAGACGGUAGGAGCCGAGGGGAUAGAGGAGCACCUGGAGGGGGAGGACUCGGCUGUGAAGGACCUGGAGGACGUGGAGGUGAAAGACCUGGUGGACCUGAACCUGAACCUGGACCCUGAAGACGGUAAAGAGGAUCUGGAUCUAGGUCCUAACGACCUCCACCUGGACGACUUCCUGCUGUCAGGCAAGUUCGAUCUGAUCGCCUACGCCGACCCCGAGCUCAAUCUGGAAGACAAGAAGGACAUGUUCAACGAGGAGUUGGACCUGGGUGAGUCGGUGGAGGAGAGGGAGGGCGCCAGGAAGACAGACAGCCACGCCCACCUGAUGAGUCAGGUCAAACAGGAAGUCAAAGACGGCGUCAAGACAGAAGGCAGAGAUGGCAGACCCACACCUCCUCCAGGAGCUCCAGGGGGCGUCGGCCAGCUCGGCUCCUCCCCCCUCGUCAUCAAGGAGAAGGGGGAACACUGUGGAACUGCUGCCCAGGAUCAGGCUCUUCUGUCGGGGACGGCUCCCCGGGGUCAGCCCCCGAUGGCUGGAGGUCAGCAGUCCGUCCUCCCUCAGAGACCAUUUGGACCCUCGGCUCUCUUCACCACGCCUCCUCAAGGCCCCCCUGCCAGUCCUCAUCCGCUGUCCCUCCAGCCCUCCCAGCCUCACCUCCUGAACCCCCAGACCCAGCCCCCAGACCCAGGAGACCCCUCCUCACAGGUCCAGAGCCAGAUCUUCCUUCAGAACCAGAACCAGAGCCAGGACCAGGACCAGGACCGUCCUCUACUCCUGGAGGAACAGCCGCUCCUCCUGCAGGACCUCCUGGACCAGGAGCGUCAGGAGCAGCAGCAGCAGAAACAGAUGCAGGCUCUGAUCAGACAGAGGCCUAACCCGGACUCUGUGCUGCCCACCAUGGAUUUCGACUCCAUCUCUGACCCCAUCAUGAAGGCUAAGAUGGUCGCUCUGAAGGGAAUCAACAAGGUGAUGAGCCAGAGCAGCCUGGGACUGAACCCCAUAGUUAUCAACAGGUUCCAGCAGACUCCGGGGGCCCCUCCAGCUCCUGUGGCCCCGGGUCCAGAGGGCACUCCUCAGACUCCACAGCUGGUGGGACAGGACGGGAAGUUGAACCCCCCAAUGACGAGACCAAACCCCCCCAGCUUCGGCCCGGGCUUUGUCAACGAGUCUCAGCGGCGGCAGUACGAGGAGUGGUUGGGGGAGACGCAGCAGCUCCUUCAGAUGCAGCAGCGCCUCCUGGAGGACCAGAUCGCCGCCCACCGCAAGACCAAGAAAGCUCUGUCGGCCAAACAGAGAACGGCCAAGAAGGCGGGCCGGGUGUUGGGCGAGGAGGACGCCGCCCAGCUGAGAAACAUCACUGAACAGCAGGGGGCGGUGCAGAAACAGCUGGAGCAGAUCAGGAAGCAGCAGAAGGACCACACUGAGCUCAUCGAGGACUACAGGACCAAACAGCAGCACAGAGCCCUGACACAACCAGCCGGCCCCCCCACCAUGCCUGCAGGAGGACCCCCCGUCCCCCAGACCCUUCUCCCACAGCCCAUGGUGUCCAUACAGCCCCAGCCAGGGGGCCCCACACCCACACGGCUCCCAAACGUCCCCCCUGGUUGGACCCCGGGCAGUGGGGCCUCAGGAGUCAUGGCGCAGAGGAUGCCCCCCCAUCUACCCCGUCAGAUGCCCCCCAACCUGCCUAUCACCCCCCAGGCUCCCACACACACACCCACUCCUCCCAUGGUACCUGGACUCCGCGCUCCCACUGCGGGCUUCACUGCCGGCCCCCAGGGGCCCCCAGGAGCAGCAGGCGACGGAGCCUCUCGACAGGUGAAGUUUGAUGAUAACAACCCGUUCAGUGAGGGUUUCCAGGAGAGAGAGAGGAGGGAGAGGCUGAGGGAGCAGCAGGAGAGACAGAGAGUUCAACUCAUGCAGGAGGUGGAGCGUCACCGGGUCCUGCAGCACAGACUGGAGCUGGAGCAGCAGGGGCUCCUGGGGGCCUCAGUGGGUCUUGGAGGUGUGGCCCCGCCCCAGCCUGGAGCUGUGAGACAAACACCUGGAGCUGCAGGUUCAGCUGGUGCAGUGGGGGGGGACAGUCUGUCCCAGAUACCCUUCUUCAGCUCAGAGCUACCCCAGGACUUCCUCCAGUCCCCUCCUGCCUCCAGACCCCCCCCUCAGCACCAUCCAGCCCAGAGCUUCAUAGGAGGACCUGGGCCGAGGCUCUCGGGCCCCACCGGGCCCCCGCCCUCGGACAGGCUGGAGUCCCCCAACCAUCCUGGAGCUCAGGCUCAUCGAUUCGGACACGACUCCUCCUCCUCAUCCCCUUCUACCCCCCUCCACCCCUCUUUCCCCUGCUCCUCCUCUGGAGGACCCUCCUCCCUCAUGCAGCUCUACUCUGACAUCAUCCCCGAUGACAAACCAAAGAAGAAGAGGAACAGGAAGAGGGACGGAGAUGACACAGGAUCCAGGACACCGCUGUCAUCACACUCUGAUGACAUCACUGCCCCGCCCACUCCAGCUGUAUCAGACACUUCCUGCUCCACGCCGACCCGGGGCAGUAUGGACCCAUCAGACCUGUGCGCCUCGCUAAGCUCCUCCCUCUCCGGUCUGGCUCCAUCAUCAGAACUGGAGAGGCAGCUGUCGGUGAUCUCUGCCCAGCAGAGAUGCUCUGUCCUGGGCAUGGAGUCUCAGAGAGGCCCCUUGUCUGCAGGUCGUCUGGAGGUCAAGGAGGAGCAUGAGGAGAGAGGAGCAUGUGGAGGAGGUGUAGUGAAGAUGGAGGAGGGCGGGGCUGAUGGAUUCUCCUCCCCCUCUGGAGACGGAGGAAAGGAGCUGCUCAGACACCUGCUGAAGGACAAGGGCUCUCCCACCACCACGCAGCCCCCCUCCGGCCAGGCCCCGCCCACUGCCUGCCGUCAGCUGUCCAGUGAGAGCGUGCGGUCUGAGGAGGAGGACAGGCCUGGUUCCCAUGGCAACGUGGUGAUGACGGACGGUGCAGGUGUAGAUCUGCUGGACUCGUCCGGCAGGAAGAAGGUGCAGCGCUGUAAGAGACAAGCUCGGCUGGAGAAAGACAAAGCUCCUCCCAAAAACAAGAGGAGGAAGAAGGAGGAGGAGGAGAAGAUGCUCCACUCCUCCUCGACCACCUCCCCCUCUGACUCCCUGACCCACCUCACACAGCAGCUGACCGUGUUGCCCCUCAUGGAGCCAGUUCUGGCGGUGGAUUUGAGUCUGUUCCCCCCGUACGGCAGCUCCUCUCUGGGCUCGGACUCCAGACUGACGGGCUCCUUCGGUAACGGCUGUUUGGAAGGAGUCACCGACUACUACUCACAGCUCAUAUACAAG